AUGAGAAUUGUUGUGGUUGGAAAAACUGGAUCUGGAAAAAGCGCUCUAGCUCACACCAUAUUUGGAGAAGAACAACGUCCCAACAAUACUCUUUUCAACUCAGAAACUACAAGGUGUGAAGCCAAAACCAAAGAUGUCAAUGGGAAACGCAUCACUCUGGUCGACACUCCUGGUUUCUUUGACACCAACAUGUCUGACGAUGAGAAGAAGGCUGAGAUAUUGAGGUGUAUCAUAGAGUGUGCUCCUGGACCUCAUGCUUUUCUGAUCGUGCUGAAAAUAGAGAGGUUCACCGAACAGGAGCAGUCUGUUAUCACUAAAAUUUCGGAAUAUUUCUCAGAUGAAGCUCUGAAACAGGCUGUGGUGGUCUUCACUCAUGGUAACCAGCUUCCUGAAGGGAGCACAAUCAAUGAGUCUGUUCAUGAGAAUACACUUCUUAGUGAUCUGGUGAUGAGGUGUGGUAACCGCUGUCAUGUCGUUGAUAACAAAUACUGGAGGGAACGGCCAGUAAAUGAAUACAGGAGCAACCGGUUCCAGGUGGAAGAGCUUCUUCACACAGUGGAGACAAUGAUGAAGACAAAUGAAAGCAGCUUCUUCACCACUGAGAUGCUGAAAGAGGUGGAUGAAGAAAUAAGAAAAGAGGAAGCAAAGAUCAGACAGGAAGCAGGAAACAAGUCAGUGGAAGAGAUCAAACAGGAAGCCAAAGAGUCUGUCUUUAAAAGAUAUUUGAUCAGCGUGACUGGAACUGCUGUGUCUAGAGUGAGGCAGGGCAUCCUUGCCCACCUGCAACUCAUCCCCCACAGCAGCAUUUAA